AGGAUUCAGCCACAAAAUGGCUGAAGCCAAGGAAAGUGUGAGCCGUGUGGCUCAAAUAAAUGUGAAUAAACAAUGACGUUGGUCACGUUUGCAAACAUUUGUGAGGACGCGCGUUUAUUCGAAAUCACUACGUUAUAUUUAGCAGACUGUCCGGUGUGAAAGAUCUCCGUGCCGAGGAUGACGUCCAUCAUCAAGUUUACAGCUGUGUCCGGGGUGCAGGAGGAAUCUGCCCUCUGCUACCUGUUACAGGUGGAUGAGUUUCGCUUCCUGCUGGACUGUGGUUGGGACGAGAGCUUCUCCAUGGACAUCAUCGAUGCUAUGAAAAGAUAUGUCCAUCAGGUCGAUGCGGUGCUCCUGUCGCACCCAGAUCCACUUCAUCUCGGUGCUUUGCCCUACGCUGUUGGCAAGCUGGGUCUCAAUUGCGCCAUAUAUGCCACCAUCCCCGUGUACAAGAUGGGCCAGAUGUUCAUGUACGACCUCUAUCAGUCACGUCACAACACUGAGAACUUCGGCUUGUUCACGCUGGAUGAUGUGGAUUCCGCUUUUGACAAGAUCCAGCAGUUAAAAUACUCGCAGAUUGUAAAUCUGAAAGGUAAAGGACAUGGUUUGUCCAUCACUCCUCUUCCUGCGGGACAUAUGCUCGGUGGGACCAUUUGGAAGAUCGUAAAGGAUGGAGAAGAGGAGAUUAUUUAUGCUGUAGAUUUUAACCACAAAAGAGAAAUUCACCUGAAUGGUUGUUCUCUUGAGGCAGUCAGUCGUCCCUCUCUGCUCAUCACCGAUUCGUUCAAUGCCACAUACAUUCAGCCUCGCAGGAAACAGCGUGACGAGCAGCUCCUGACCAACAUCAUGGAAACGCUGCGUAAUGACGGCAAUGUGCUGAUCGCAGUAGACACUGCAGGCCGUGUGCUGGAGCUUGCUCAGCUGCUGGAUCAGAUCUGGAGAACGAAGGACGCAGGAUUGGGCGUCUACUCUCUUGCCUUACUCAACAAUGUCAGCUACAAUGUGGUGGAGUUCUCCAAGUCUCAGGUGGAAUGGAUGAGUGACAAGCUGAUGCGAUGCUUCGAGGACAAGCGUAACAACCCGUUCCAAUUCCGCCACCUGUCUUUGUGCCACAGUUUAGCAGAUUUGGCGCGAGUGCCGAGUCCCAAAGUGGUGCUGUGCAGCCAACCUGAUCUGGAGUCUGGGUUCUCACGUGAGCUUUUCAUCCAGUGGUGCCAGGACUCGAAAAACUCCAUCAUCCUAACGUACCGCACUACACCGGGCACACUGGCACGCUACCUGAUAGACCAUCCUGGAGAGAAGCUGAUAGAUUUAGAGAUAAGAAAAAGGAUCAAGUUGGAAGGCAAAGAGCUAGAGGAGUAUUUGGAGAAGGAAAAAAUCAAGAAAGAAACCGCUAAAAAACUGGAGCAAGCGAAAGAGGUGGACGUUGACUCCAGCGAUGAGAGUGACAUGGACGAUGAUCUGGAGCAGCCUGCCGCAGUGAAGACCAAACAUCAUGAUCUGAUGAUGAAGGGUGAAGGAGGACGGAAGGGAAGCUUUUUCAAACAGGCUAAGAAGUCGUACCCGAUGUUCCCUUCUCAUGAGGAGAGGAUUAAGUGGGAUGAGUACGGAGAGAUCAUAAGAUCUGAGGAGUUCCUUGUUCCUGAGUUGCAGGCCACAGAGGAGGAGAAGAGCAAGCUGGAGUCAGGCUUGGCUAACGGAGAUGAGCCCAUGGAGCAGGACCUUUCUGACGUUCCUACUAAGUGCAUAAGUAUCAAAGAGACCCUAGAAAUCAGAUCUCGGGUCACUUACAUAGACUAUGAGGGCCGUUCAGAUGGUGACUCCAUUAAGAAGAUUAUAAACCAGAUGAAGCCUCGGCAGCUGGUUAUUGUUCACGGACCUCCAGAAUCUAGUCAGGACUUGGCCGAGUCCUGCAAAGCCUUCAGUGGUAAAGAUAUCAAAGUGUAUACACCCAAACUGCAGGAGACUGUGGACGCCACCAGCGAAACACACAUUUACCAGGUGAGGCUGAAGGACUCUUUAGUCAGCUCUCUGCAGUUCUGCAAGGCCAAAGACACAGAACUGGCAUGGAUUGAUGGUGUGCUCGACAUGCGCGUAGUCAAGGUGGACACGGGUGUGCUGCCGGAGGACGGAGACCCCAGGGACGACACGGAGAACGGAGAGAUCACCAUGGAUGUCACCUCCGACCUCAUGACUGAGCCCAGCACCGUGGCAACGCAGCGAGCCAUGAAGACACUGUUCGGAGAGGACGUGAAGGAGAUCUCCGAAGAGAGUGACGUCAUUCCUACGUUGGAGCCGCUGCCCGUGACUGAGGCUCCAGGUCACCAGGCUGUGUUCAUUAACGAGCCAAGGCUUUCUGACUUCAAGCAGGUUCUGCUGCGUGAGGGAAUCCAGGCCGAGUUUGUGGGCGGAGUGCUUGUCUGUAAUAACAUGGUGGCUGUGCGCAGGACGGAAGCAGGCCGGAUCGGGCUGGAGGGCUGCAUGUGCGAGGAUUACUUCAGAAUUCGGGAGCUGCUGUAUCAGCAGUAUGCCGUGGUGUAACGUCCCUCCUCAGCUCUGAUCUGCCCUACUGGGACCAUCAUGUCCUAAUUCUUUAUUUUUGUAGUUUUAUUUUCGCCUUUAUUUUUUUUGUUUACCUGCUCUGUGUGACUAAUGAUCUUACUGAAUAAAUCUCAGUAUGAGA